AUGUCUUCGUCAAAGGUAGCAGUGGUCACUGGUACAAACAGUAAUUUAGGUUUGAAUAUCGUAUAUCGGUUGAUUGAGAGAAGCGAGCCAGAGGACAACCUCACGAUAGUUGUGACAUCAAGAACAUUACCUAGGGUUCGUGAAUGCAUUGAUUUAAUUAAGGCUUUUGUCAAUACCAUUAAUAGGACUGGCUCUGUAGAUUAUGAUUACCUGCUGGUUGAUUUUACCAACAUGAUCAGCAUUCUUGAUGCCCACUACAGCUUGUCAAAAAGAUACGAUCACAUCAAUUACUUCUUUGUGAAUGCAGCUCAAGGAGUUUACUCAGGGAUUGACUGGUUGGGUGCAGUGAAAGAGGUCUUCUCCAGUCCACUGGAGGCCGUCACAAACCCAACAUAUAAAAUUCAACGAGUGGGAGUCAAAUCAAAGGACGGGAUGGGGCUUGUGUUCCAGGCAAACGUGUUUGGACCAUAUUAUCUAAUUCAAAAACUGCUUCCGUUACUCCAGGCUGGACAAGGUACUGUCGUUUGGGUCUCUAGUAUCAUGUCCGCUCCUAAAUAUUUGUCUUUACAAGAUAUUCAGCUAUUGGAAUCCGAUGUUUCUUAUGAAGGUUCAAAAAGAUUAGUUGAUUUGUUACAUUCUGCAACAUAUAAAGAGAUGAAAAAGCUCGGAAUCCGCCAAUAUCUCACCCAUCCUGGUAUUUUUACCAGUCUCUCAUUUUUCCAAUAUUUGAAUGUUUUCACCUACUAUGGUAUGCUCUUCUUAUUCUAUCUGGCCAGAUGGAUUGGUUCACCUUGGCACAACAUACAAGGAUACAAAGCAGCCAAUGCUCCUGUAUAUGUAGCAACAAUGGCUAAUCCGCACUUUGAGAAGGAGCAAAUGAAAUACGGAUCGGCAACUUUUAGAGACGGUUUAGAAUAUAUUAAAACUGAUGAAGUUGAUACAACCGGCUGUGAAGAUGUGUAUAAAUACAUCUCCAAUUUGAAACUGCAAUGGGAUGAAAAGUUAAAAGACCAGAUUAAGCCUACAAGGAUACCAUUAUAA